AUGACAGAGGCGCGAGGGAUAUUACAAGCGCUGCGGGACUGCGGGACAUCCACAGUUGUUCGGUAUCUCGUUCCAGACUAUGCUGUGCCUUCUGUGGCGAAGGCCGUUGCACUCCACAAAGGCACUGAGCCUGGGGCUGCGGAAGCGUUCCACAGGCCUCGACUGGUGCGCAACGGCGAUGGUGUGCCGCACUUUGCGUUUGUGGUGCCUGAAGAGCGCGGUGAAUACAGGACAUUGGUGCAGUCUGAGCGAGCUCUCAAGGAUCUGGGGUUGCGUGCCGACCAGGAGCUAGAGGCGCACUGCCAGGGCUCGCGGGUGUACCACGACGAGCAGCGCGGGAUCUUCCCGUAUGCGCUGGCGUAUGCUGGGCACCAGUUUGGCGUGUUCGCCGGGCAGCUAGGCGACGGGAGGGUUGCCAACCUGUACGAUAUCAGGGACAGCAGAGGCCGUUAUCAGACUCUGCAGCUGAAGGGCAGCGGGAUGACUCCCUUCUCGCGCUUUGCGGACGGUAAGGCUGUGCUGAGAUCGAGCGUGCGUGAAUUUAUCGUGUCUGAGGCGCUCGCUGCGAUCGGGAUCCCGAGCACGCGCGCUCUGCAGCUCACCCUGCUACCCAAGACCCGUGCGCGGCGGACCAUGUUCGAGCCGUGCGCAGUGGUUGCUCGGUUUGCCCCGUCGUGGAUUCGACUAGGGAACUUUGACAUGUUCCGCUGGCGCGGCGAUGACCACGGACUGCUGCAGCUGGUGGACUAUUGCAUUCAACAUGUCUUUGCUGCAGGUAGGGAGUUUCCUACGGAGAUUUCCGUCAAUGCAUUUCAGGAGGACUUUUUUCCAGAUCCACUCGAGAAGAUACCUGCUACCGAUGAGCUGCCAAAGGCAGUUGCUGGUGUCACCACCUAUGACCUUUUCUUUCGACAUGUAGUAAACCUAAAUGCCGAGUGCGUGGCCUACUGGCAGGCCUAUGGUUUUUGUAAUGGUGUCCUGAACACUGAUAACACCUCUCUGAUGGGUUUGUCCAUGGAUUUUGGCCCUUUCAGCUUUAUGGAUAAGUACCGGCCCGAAUACACUCCGAACCAUGAUGACAUUGAGGGGAGAUACUCGUUUAGCAACCAACCAUAUGUUAUAUGGUGGAACUUAACCAAGUUUGCUGAAGCACUGGUGCUUCUUUUGGGUUCGGGCGAACAGCACAUUGGGUUUGUCAAGACCAUCCCCGAGCGCUCCGUAAUCCCUGAAAAUAUUGCAGAUGAACUGGGCCAAAGAGUGAAUGCAUUGGUGAAUUGCGCUGCAAAUGAGUACAGAUUUCGGUAUCAUGUCAAAUAUGCAGAGAUCAUGGCAAAAAGGCUCGGUAUUCAGUUGAAUAUACCGCUCAUUCAGUCAGAUAACCUUUCCCUCAUCGCAGAGCGAGUUCGCGGUUUCAUGGACUCUGUCGUCAAUCCGCUACUGGACAUUCUAUCCAAAAGCAUGGUUGAUUACAACAGCUUCUUCGUGGCGUUGCAAGAAUACCAAGGACCUUUCCAUAGUACUGCUGGUGUCCGCGGGGUAGACCCUGCAUUUUUGCAGAUAUUUUUCACGGAAGAAGACUUCCAACUGUUAACAAAGCACGCGAACGGUGUGUCAUCGCUGGACCCCGGCACCGCAACCCAGUUUUUUGAUCUGGUCGAGAAAAUAGACUCCUGGUUAAUAAACUACCUGCAAAGUAUUCCGGAGCGCGAGGAGAGGUAUCGGCUACAGAAACUAGUUAACCCACUAUUCAUUCCACGAAGCUAUGUCUUCGACGAGGUGCUGGAAGAGUUAGAAAAAAUGCACCGAAACGUAACCGAUGCCAAUUCUGCUGAUAUUGACACGACGAUUCUGACUCAGUUAUAUACAAUUGCAACUAAUCCCUAUGAUCGAACCAAGUGGUACGGCAUCUUGGAUGAUGCCAAGAUUAAAGCAUGGACAGAAGGCACGACAAAUAUGCCAAAUGAUGAUUACUUGAAACAAUGUAGUUGUUCUAGUUGA